AUGCUGCGCCGUCCACCACGCACUCUCACCCUCGCCAUAACCAGCCUCUCCACCCGCCCGCAACCACAAUUCCUCCCCCGCCAGCUUCCGCUCUUGGUCAAAGCCCCACCACCUCUAUACUGGACGGCUCCACCCGCCUCGUCUCCUCCAACAUCAUCCGCCUUCUCAACCCGGGCCGCACUGCUCACUACCAAGCCCCGUCGGUCCAAAUCAAAUGAGGAGAAAGAUGACGAGAUCUAUGAGAAGCCUCCGUCUGCGAGCUUGGAGUCUCUCGGAAUCAGUCGGAAUGUCAAGGUGUUCUUGUUUGUCGUGCUGGGGAUCUUUGGUACGAUCGAGACGUGGUUUUGGUGUAAGGCUGCGUGGGUGUGGUGGAAGAAUCGAUUUGGGGGUGGCGAGGAGACUCCGGAACGGAGAUAG